GUGUCUAGUACAGGGCUAAAGAACAUUGUGUCGACCAUGCAGAAAAUUAAUCCAUCACUCUCUAUCUUCUUCUCCAGAUUGUCUCCCAUGUUUCUUUUUGACGUCAAGGAUCCUCUUUCUAAACUACCACUAACUAUGGUGAUUAACAAGGUCAUAUUAUGUGUUUCUGCAAUUGGUUUUCCUGAUGCCUUUAUAAGGCGUGUUAUGGAGAUUGGGCCGUUGCAUGUUGAUAGAUUAGACUUCAGUGAUCACCAUUCUAUAAAGCCAAAUGAUGUAAAUAAGAUCAUAAAAAUCCUCACGCUUCUACAUAGUAGAUUUGGUACCAACGCUACUGUACUCGUCACAGAAAAGGAUUAUGAUCGUGAUCCUGAGAUUCUAAGAGAGAUUGAUGAUUUCCAAAUCAUGGUCCUUUGUUCUUCACUACAAAUCAUGCCUUUUGAGGAUCGAACAGAAGAGGAUUUCAGAAUGGUUCUGAACAAGCUCGUGCUUUCAAUCUGACUAGGAUUUCAGCAGAGGAUUUAUGCAGUUCUUUCUACAAUAGUUGUGACCCAGAAAAAAAAAAAGAUGUAGAAUGUAAUUUUUUUCUGUGAUUGGUAGAACGGUGUUCCUAUGAUAAUUUAAGCAAGAUCUUCAUUGUAACAUUUGGAUUUGGUUUGAAUUAGGUUCAAAUCAAAUUUCAAUCAGUUGGAAUUCAUCUCUGACGCGGGAGAGUCCUGCAAAUCAUGGGAUUGGGCCUCUCCCUCCAUUUCUCUAUUUCUUGCUCUUUCACAAACUCUCACUCUCAUUUCUUAUCUUUCUGGCUCGUUCUCCCUUUAUUGCUCUCUCUCUCUCUUGGUGUCUUUUUUGUCACCGACUCUUCUCUAUCCCUCUUGAUCUCUCUGUCUCUCUCUAUCUCUCUCCCUACUCUCUCUCAGAAACCCCUUCUUUUUUGUCCCUCACUCUUCCUUCAUCUCCCUCC